GGAGCCGGCGCCGGAUGACCCAGCAUGAGUGAAGUUCCCUGCAAUAAACGUGAUGACUAUUUGGAAUGGCCUGAGUAUUUCAUGGCUGUGGCCUUCUUAUCAGCACAGAGAAGCAAAGAUCCAAAUUCACAGGUCGGAGCGUGCAUCGUGAAUGCAGAAAACAAGAUUGUCGGCAUCGGGUAUAACGGGAUGCCAAACGGGUGCAGUGAUGACCUGUUGCCUUGGAGCAGGACGGCGGAGAGCAAGCUGGAUACCAAAUACCCUUACGUGUGCCACGCCGAGCUGAAUGCCAUCAUGAACAAAAACUCAGCCGAUGUGAAAGGCUGCACUAUGUAUGUCGCCUUGUUCCCCUGUAAUGAAUGUGCGAAGCUCAUCAUCCAGGCAGGUAUAAAAGAAGUUAUUUUCAUAUCUGAUAAAUACCAUGAUAGUGAUGAGAUGACGGCCGCGAGGCGCCUGUUUGAUAUGGCUGGGGUGGCCUUCAGGAAAUUCACACCAAAGUGCAGCACGAUUAUCAUUGACUUUGAUUCAAUUAACAACAAACCGAGCCAGAAGCUUCAGUGAGUUACAUCUCAUUACAUCUCCAAAAGAUUGGGAUUAUCCUCUUCUAAGAAGCUGCUAAUGCCUUUCAUCUUGAAGUUACACAUAACUUUUUAAUAGCCAGUCCAGCAAAAGUAGACAUCUAAAGAAUGUAAAGCCUCAAAUCUUCCCGACUGUCUCUCUUGUCACAUGGAAUGUGCAUCUGUUUAAACUGUUGAUUUAGGGUUUAAAAUCAAGGAGCCUGUAGAUGGCCCGUCGCUCAGGGCUGGCGUGGGGUGCCUCCCCCUGUGUCUCCUGGUUUGCUGGGACGCUGGUGGC